UUGAACCUGGCCUGGCCCUUCAGCGCUCCACAGGGCGGCCGCACUUUUCCAUCCAAGCCGUCUCCCUCCUGGGGCUCCCUCGCCUUUCCCUCCACCCCUUCGCGCAUCCAAAACCACACCUCCGACGAGCCCCUCGGCCGCAGCAGCAGCUCUCCUCCUCCCUCGCCGUAUAAAAGGGGCCACGGCCACCUCGGCCCGUCCCCCGCGUCAACCACUGCCCCUGCAUCGCCAUCGCCAUGGCCCUCGCCCUCCGAGCGCCGCGCUUCCAGCCGCUCCCCACCCCCAUUCCCGCGUCAACCGCCUCCACCUCAAGGCCAUCCUCCUACUACUACCACGGUCACGCCGUCGUCUGCGCCGCUGCCGCGUCGCCCUUCACCGAGGCCACAUCCUCCUCGCGGUACCGCCGCGACGCCUGGUCCUACGCCGCCGCGGAUGACGAGUCAUCGUCGUCAGCUGCUGCUGCUGCUGCUGCGGCGGCUUCCGCGGCGGCGUCGGGCCGACGGGCCGACGAGAUCGCGCUGCAGCUGCCGGAGCUGAGGAGGCUCCUGGAGGCGCUGCGGGCGUCGAGAGGGAGGGCGCCGGAAGGGGAUGGCGGCGGCGGCGGGCCCGGGAGGGUUGCGCUGGUGGGGACCGGGCCCGGUGACCCGGAGCUGCUCACGCUCAAGGCGGUGAGGGCCAUCGAAGCGGCGGACCUGGUGCUCUACGACCGCCUCGUCUCCAACGACGUGCUCGAUUUGGUCGGGGACGGCGCUAGGCUGCUCUACGUCGGCAAGACGGCCGGAUACCACAGCCGCACCCAGGAGGAGAUUCAUGAGCUGCUCCUGAGCUUUGCGGAGGCUGGUGCCAAUGUGGUGCGGUUGAAAGGCGGCGACCCUCUGGUCUUUGGAAGGGGUGGAGAAGAGAUGGAUUUCCUUCAACAACAAGGAAUAAGAGUUGAAGUUAUCCCAGGAAUUACAUCUGCUUCAGGAAUUGCGGCAGAGCUUGGCAUUCCACUAACCCAUAGAGGUGUUGCUACCAGUGUCAGAUUUUUAACUGGGCACUCCAGAAAUGGUGGGACAGAUCCUCUAUAUAUCGCAGAGAAUGCAGCAGAUCCGGACACAACUUUGGUUGUGUAUAUGGGUUUGUCAACAUUGCCAUCUCUUGCUCCUAAGUUAAUGAAGCAUGGUCUGCCACCAGAUACUCCGGCUGUUGCAGUUGAGCGUGGCACUACCCCCCAACAGCGAAUGGUAUUCGCAAUGUUAAAGGAUCUUGUGAGUGAAGUCAAGUCAGCGGAUCUAGUUUCUCCUACUCUGAUAAUUAUUGGGAAGGUGGUAGCAUUGUCACCCUUAUGGAUCGAUUCAUCCAAACAGGAUGCACUCAAGGUUGAGAAUUCGUAUGCACCUGAGGCCAAAAGAUAACAGUUUCUCUAUAAUCAAAUGUUGGAGUGACUGUUGAGGCAUUGAUUAACGUCACCUCAGACAUGAGCUUUCGCAAUUAGUAAGAUCUAAGCCAAUCUGAUAUGGUUUAGUCCAGGCCAUGCAAACAGACGAUGGAAUUGACCUGGAUAGGAGAUUCUGCACAUUCCCUGAUGACAUCACAGGAAACAGACAUUCUUGAAGAUUGAUGACAGCUUUGAACAAUAUGGGCAUGAAAUUUUCAAAUGAGAACGCAUUUGAAGUUCUGAACGUGUUUGACAUAACCUAUUCAAUGGUACAACAAUUAUAACUGUCGAGUUUUUGAGCAAUACCUCUUGCAUGGAGAUGGAGUAGUAGGUCACCACUCCAUUCCAAUCAAAGGUUGGAACUGUUCUGUUUUGUUUUUGUUUACCCAACAUUUUUUUGGUCAUAGGCUCUCCUGAUUAUUGAAGCCCCUACAGGCGUAUGGCUAUUUUAAGUCUGGCAAUCGUUGUGUCAGCUUUUACAUAUUCCUUUGUGAAAAAUUCGACUGCACAUUUGAUGAUUAUUCUUGAAUAAAACGUGUACUACUUUUUCUUUUUUGUGUUCUGCUGUUAACCACUGCAUAAAUUUUACCA